AUGCCUCCAGGGGCUCAACCCGUGCCCGGUGCACACCCGAAUGCCGAUCGACAUGGUGGACGAUCACAGCGGGUCUACCAAUUCAGCCCUCCCUUGUAUGAUCGGCCUGGCAGCGAGCGCAUGGGAGCCAUGCCCACGUUCUUUCAAACUGGAAUGCAUCUGACAGAGGUCACACCUGGCAGAUGGCGGUAUGCGAGGGAGGAUGAGCUAACAAAAACCGGCAAUUUCGUCAUCGAGCCCAUGUCAAUAUGUAUGAUUGUGUAG